AUGGGUAUGAGCGAGCAGAUCACGCCAAGGAAGCGAAAGGCGGUAGCUGGGGAGACGCCGACUAAGAGCGGUGGAAAGGCAAGAACAAGAGGACGAAUUGGAAGGACUGGGCUCAAGAUCAGAGCGCCUACGCCAAAUCCACCACUGGUACCCUUUCCUACUCCUCCUCGCUCCCGGCAGCGCCGAGCAGAGUACGUCGAGCCCGAACUGGACAUCUCAGCGUCGAGUAGCUCCGCUCUCCUUCCGGACACCAAGGCUACCAAGCUCCCCGUCCACCUCGAGACCCUCCUCACCCUGCAUCGGGCUUUCAACCUCGCUCUCUCCCUCCAUCUCGCUACGCAUCCGCCGGUCCUUCCGCCCCACUCCCCGAACGCCACCUCGGUCCUGCUACCGAAUCUCACCAAUCUCCUCGCUAUCCGUGAGACCGUCGAGCGGACGGGAUGCCGGCGGUUCGGUACAGCGGAACUACAGCGCCUGGCUUGGCUCUGGACAUGGGACGGCUCGUCCAUGCCGGAAGAGCGGUCGGCCAAGGACAAGGCGAGCGAUGAUGACAAUCCGUUCUUGGUCAAUCACGACUCGAUCUCGACGUCCAAGCUGGAGAUCACGGGUCUGAACUAUGUCAUCACCCCUACGAGAACGCUCGAUCCAUCAACCAAGCGGUCGGUUUAUACGUAUGGACUCGGGAUUCUGCUCGAUCUACGAAAAGGGGAGACGAGGCAGCUGUUGCACGGUGGUUCGGAAGGUGGGAUAGGGAACAAGGGGCAAGGAGGUGGGCUAGGAGCAGUGGGGAGGUGGAGCGGCUCAGGGGAAGAGCGGGAGGAGAUUAUGCGAGAGCGGCUGGAGAAGUGGGUUGAGCUGAAUGGCGGUUAUGAGGAGGAGCAAGCGGUGCUUUCUGGCGGUCUCGCUACUCCCGCCAAUACCCGUGAUCAUGCCCGAUCUACCAUCCCGCCCAUUCCUCUCCUUCCGCUGCCUCACCUUCCCGCAUCUACACUCCUACCCGCCGCGAACCUCUUCUCGGCCGCUCUGGCUUCUUCCACGGUAGCCUCAAGCAGUGCCUCACCACGAAAAGCCGGCCUGUCUCCCGCUACCGCCAGGCUCGCCGAUGCGUUCGACAUGGACGACAAGCCAAGUAUGGCUAAAGUGGCACGUCCGGGGUCGAUUGAGGAGCGGCAGCAGGCCAUGAGAGAUCGGAUCGCAGCUCGGAAGAACGGCAAAGCGCCUCAAACCCUCGCUUCCCAGAUCGCUGGCGGACCGCAAUACACCCUUUCCCGCGCGGAAACGCAGGAAGAGCUCAAGCGGAGGAGCACGCUCAGUCGACUUGAAGGUGUAGCUGAGGCUGUUUGGAUGCUGUUCUCGGCUCCCACGGCCGGCGUGUCGUCGAUGUCUACUCCCCCUCGAGGCAGAAGACGGGCUGUACCGAUGUCUGAAGCAGCGGAGGUCAUCGUCAAGUCCUCCAAGACGCCAAUCUCGAUGGCCGAAGCCCAAACAUCCCUGGUCCUCCUAUGCGACCUCUGCCCCUUCUUCCUCCUCCUCAAAACCAUCGCCAAACAAGACUGGCUCGAAAUGCCCGUCCAGGUCGCUCAAGGCCCAACAUCACCCAGCAACAGCCUCCUCGCCAGCGCUCGACUUAGCGCCAAUCUCAACAGUCCUAGUCGGAAUCACCCCAAGGGACUUGUGUCGCCUGGGAAGGCGGUGAAGGAGGGAGAUGGGGGGACGGUGGCUAUUGCGGGUCCGGGGAGUCCGGGGAGGGUACAGCGGGUGGGUGGAUUGAGGGAGGUUCGGGCGGUCAUUAGGCGGGAACUUGAGCGGUGA